AUGGACGAACCUGAUCUUCCUCCUCUCUCGCAGUUCACUCGAGCCACGGCUCCAACUCGAGCACCGCCUCCGCUAACCCCGGUUCUCGCGCGGAAGAGGACUCGUUCUGACCACGACGACGAGCCCGCCGCCUCUAGCGAUCCCGCUCUUUUCUCCAGCGACGAGACUGCGCCUGGGGCCGAGAACUAUGUCUCGGGCAAGAGGAAUAAACGUACCUAUAAGGGGUCUUGGUGGGAUCGGCACCCGGCCGACGCUACAGACAAGGGGAGUCAUAGGGAAAAGCGCCAAUUUAAGAGAAAUCUCGACUCCGGGGUGUUUAUGGGCAGUGAGAGUGAGGAUCCGCCCUCGAGUGAUUCAAUCACGAUGGAAGACGAGUUUUUGAGGGAUCAGCAAAGGGUUAUGGACAAUCAGCAAAAGGCCUGGGACAACUACCAAAAGGCUACGGACGAGAAUCAACAGGUGCAACCCGCCACUUCCUGGCCAGAUAGGGGCGAUGGAAGCAAGCUGAGAGCGAACUUAGCUUCCGUAAUUACGGCUCGGGUUCCCAGAGAGCAUGAGGAGGUAUGUGCGGUUAUUAGGCAGUGUCUCGAGCGAGGAAAGGAGGAUGUGGACUUGACAUCCAUGUCUCUGUCGAGCCUACCCGCUGAAAUCACGUCCCUCCAAACACUUAGCAAACAAGACGAGAUAACUCCAGGGAUGCUGCAUAUUGGGACCAACCUUGAACCCCAUUUGCGCCUUUUCUUGGGCAACAAUUGCUUCACGAGAAUGCCAAGUCCUAUCUUCGAGCUUCGGAACCUCCGAGAAUUGUCUCUCCGCAACAAUAAUCUCACAUCCAUCCCGGCUGCAAUAGGGGAAUUGGUCAAUCUCGUGUCUUUGAAUAUUGCUGGAAAUCAAUUGUCAGAGCUUCCCACCGAGAUCCUGGACCUGAUCACUGAAGGUCGCUUGAGAGAGCUUCGAUUACACCCAAAUCCUUGGAUGCAGCCUGAUGGGAUGGGUCUUGAGGAAUCCUUCUCCUGGACGAGGAUAUUAGGGAAGAUACUUCUUCGCAAGAAGAAUAGCGCCCACACUAUGAAAAAGACGUAUUGGCCGACGGAGAAUCCUCAGGUCCCAACACUCACCGAAUUAGCUCUCCGUCAGCUCUCCAAAUUUGACCCUUUAGGCGACAUAGAUCUCGGGGCCUAUAUGCCAUCAAACACUCCUGAAUCUGUCUUGAACAAUCUGAAGCUACUUGGACAGAAUCCCACGCGCCGAUGCAACGCAUGCAAUAGGCCAAUCGUGUUGGCGCGAGAAGAAUGGUUUGAAUUUUGGAGUAUCGACGAGGUCUCCGAGAGCGAUGUUGUUCAUGUUGAAUACGGUGCUGGGAUUGCUGCAGAGGAUCCAAGAUGA